AUGAUGCCCACACUCAUGGGAGGUGCUCUCCCGGGCGUCGUCCCCAUGUCCUACCACCAAGACACCUUCCUCGACGACUUGUCGAGACAGAUGGCUCUAUCACAGGCGUCAAGGAGGCUAUCAAGAGGUUCCAACGGACAACGAACUGGAUCAGCCAUGCGCGUCGUCAAGCCCACAAGCGCAAACAACAGCCCGAGGUCAUCGUCAUCUAUGCAGGCGAGGAGGAGGACUAUGAUGAACGACGGAAAUCUGGCGAGGAGGAGGCAGCAGGUUAUGGACCACGUCCCGAUGCCCGAGUACAGCUCUCAACCUCGACCCAGUCGUCCCCUCAGCUGGCACCCAUCCACCUUCCAGCAACAACAGCACAAGUUGCCGGUUCAGCAGUCCGUGGCCCACUACCCGUUCCCUGCCACCACAUCGGCAUAUCAUGAGACCGACAGCUACACUGCGUACCAGCAGUUCCCGCCUACACCUGCUGCCUACUCUUGCAGCACUUCUCCUGCCGCCGCCUUCUCACCACUUUCUCUCCCCUUUGGCGCCUACGAUGGAUCUUCCUAUCUCCCCGUAGAGGGUUGGAAUGUUCCCCAGCAGGCCCCUCCAGCUUAUGUCUCCUCAACUGAGGCUGCUGGAUAUGCCGAGCCCUUCCCGGCGCUUCCCUCCACUCUCCCCGACUUGACACCUUCCACCACCUCGACUUCCUGGAACUCCUACCCCAUGGACGGCUUCACCAGCACGUCGCCGCCGACUCCAGAGACCCUUCCCCAGGCUCAGCAGCCGCAGCCCAUCGUUCCCAACGAGGACACCAUCCCCUACCAGCCUCUGGACGAGCCUGAGGAGGAGGGUGAGAUUCUCGUGGGCAUGGGCCUCUACGACGCGCCUGACAAGUACGACCACGACCCUCAGCUCGACGCUUCUCGCUCCGCUAUGUCCUCCCUCCUGGGUGCUCCGUACCGUCCUCGCGAAGGUACCGGCAAGGGCUUGAAGCUCGAGGAGUCGUGGCAGCCCCCUGAGGAGAGCGACGACGGGGAUCAGGAAGAUGCCGACGGCGAGGAACAGGAUUAA